AUGCCGCCCAAAGGCAAGCAAGGCACAAAGGGACAGAAACAGAUUGUAGAAGAGAAUAAAAAAACACUUGCUUUUUAUCAAAAUAUAAUUCUUACUGUAAAUAUAAUUUACUUUGGUGUUGAAUGCAUUUUCUUUUGGGAUAGCUUCACUGCUCUUGAAAUAAUAAUGUCGUGCCUUGCUGGCCUCGUAUAUUUUGGCAGUUUCCGGUUCAUGAAGAAAAUGGCAACGCCAACGUGGGGUGAGGAGUCCACAUUAUUAGAUGGUGGUAUUGAUCUCAAUCUUGAAAGUGGAAUGGCUGAGCACUGCAAGGACAUCAUUCUCAUGACUGUUAUUGUAGAAUUGUUGAGCUUGAUAUCAAAUUAUUUUUGGCUGUUAUGGCUACUGGUACCAGGAAGGGCAUUUUAUUUACUCUGGGUGAAUGUACUUGCCCCAUGGUUUUUUGAGGCUCCCCCUGAAGAAAAUGAGAAAAAACAAAGAAAAUUGGAACGAAAAAUGAGGCGGCAUUGA